AUGGCCAAAGACUUAAAGAGCCUGGUGGGCGCGGGAAGCGCCCGGGAGCUGCAAGAGAAGCUGGAGAGCUGGCAGCAGAACUACGAGGGGAAUUCUGCUGAUGAAAAUCUGAGCCGAUGCUGUGAAAUAUUAGAACUGAACAAUGCAAUUCAAAAGCAGCUCUUCUCAAUUCUCAAUGAAACAUCUCAAGGAGAUGAUUGUGCAGCAAAACUAAAAGGCUGUCUCCUGCCAAGUAUAUGCUGUACUGCUUCAGGAAGUGACAACCUCACUCAGGAUUCAGCUGAAGGAGAGCUACAGCUGAGAGAUUUGUCCUGCAAACCAAGGUGUGAACUGCGAGACCUGGAAGACAAACUAAGUGAAACUCGUGUGCAGAUCAACCAGAUGGAACGAGAUCUGAAAGCUUCCCGGUGCAACUUAAGGAGGCUAGAGCAACUGGAUGAGUACGAGCAGAAGAUUGAGAACUUGCGGGAUGAGAUUGCUAUGCUGGAUUGCAAAAAGUCUGUUAUCCAGAGCAGACCCUGCGUGACGCCCUGUCCUCCCAAGUGCCGUGCCCUUUGCCCAAGGCCCUGUUCACCUCCCCGGCUCAGGCGGGGCAGCGCUUCACACCGCGCCUGCCUUAUAGCUCGCUAUAACUUCAUUUACGCUAAAGAACGCUUGGAGGCAGAGUGCAUUUUGAGGCGAUACGUCUGUAACUUGGAGACGGUGCAGAGGAUAAUAUACAUUGCAUGUGUGGAAUCUUUCCGUGCGGCAAAGAUGGCCUUCUGGAAGGUGAAAAUAAAUGUAAAAGACACUUUGAGUAUAUGUUACAGAGGGGGACCUACGUCACUUGAAGUUGCUGUCCUGGAUUAUAUAGCUUGCCACAAGGAUCUCUAUGACGUUUGUUGCAGUGUCCAUGAAGUAGUUUGCUGCAUGAACAGGAACCCAAAGCUUCCAUGUCCAGGAGAAUUGGAUUUCGUUGUGAUCAGCGCUUUGAUUCGAGAGUUGUGCUGUUUGGCUUAUUCAAUGCAGACACUUAUUCCUCCUCUUGAUAUUGCCUAUGGUGUUGAUGGAGAAUGCUUCAAUAGGAACAUGUACUAUCGUAGCUUUGACUCAGAUUUCGCAGCUCCCUUUGUGGCCUAUCACGUCUGGCCUCCUCUGAUAGAAGACGGUACUGUUAUUGUGAAGGGAGAAGUAGUCACUAAAAAAAUGGUUAUGUGUCCUCGCAGAUGCAGAAUUAGAAGCAGAAGCUGCAGCUGUGGCCGUCCUCUGCUGUGUGGUCAAGUGCCUCGAAGCCGCAGUCUUUCAACAGUGAGGGUCAAAAGUAAGUGGGCAUAUUGGUUCCUAGUGACUCGUGGUUUUCACAUUAAGCCCUUGAACGAUUGA